AUGGCUGUCUUCGUUCUUCUGAGUCUUCUUCUUGCACAGAUGUUGUUUUUCACUAAAAUCGCUGGUCAAUCACAACAGACCCAUGGAACAAAAUUUUCAUGCCCUGUGGAUUCACCUCCUUCAUGUGAAACAUAUGUGACAUACAUUGCCCAGUCUCCAAAUUUUUUAAGUCUAACCAACAUAUCUGAUAUAUUUGAUACCAGUCCUUUAUCCAUUGCAAGAGCCAGUAACUUAGGUGCUGAGGAUGACAAGCUGAUACCAGGCCAAGUUUUACUUGUACCAGUAACAUGUGGUUGCAUGGGAAACCACUCUUUCGCCAAUAUCUCCUACGAGAUCAAGCAAGGUGAUAGCUACUCCUUUGUUGCAACCACUUCAUACGAGAACCUCACCAAUUGGCAGAUAGUGAUAGCUUUAAACCCUGGUCUAAAUCCAAAUCUAAUACCAGUUGGUAUCCAAGUAGUAGUCCCUUUAUUCUGUAGGUGCCCGUCAAAGAACCAGUUGGAAAAAGGGAUAAAGUAUCUGAUUACUUAUGUGUGGCAGCCCAAUGACAAUGUUUCCCUUGUAAGUGCCAAGUUUGGUGCAUCCCCAGCGGACAUAUUGAUUGAAAACAACUACGGUCAAAACUUCACUACUGCAACCAACCUUCCAGUUUUGAUCCCAGUGACAGAGUUGCCAUAUCUUACUCAACCUCCUUCAGAUGGAAGAAAAAGCAAUACUAAUCUUGCUGUUAUAAUUGGUAUUACCCUGGGAUGCACACUUCUGAUUGCAGUUUUAACGGUAUUUUUGGUGUAUGUUUAUUGUCUGAGAAAGAAGACUUUGAAUAGGAGUGCUUCUUCGGCUGAGACUGCAGCAGAUAAGCUACUUUCUGGAGUUUCAGGCUAUGUAAGCAAGCCAACUGUGUAUGAAAUUGAAGCCCUCAUGGAAGGUACCCUGAACCUCAGUGAACAAUGCAAGAUUGGGGAAUCAGUGUACAAGGCCAAUAUAGAAGGUCGGGUUUUAGCAGUUAAAACAUUCAAGGGAGAAGUCUCCGAGGAGCUGAAAAUUCUGCAGAAGGUAAAUCAUGGAAAUCUGGUGAAACUAAUGGGUGUCUCUUCAGACAACGAUGGAAACUGUUUCCUGGUUUAUGAAUAUGCUGAAAAUGGGUCUCUUGAUGACUGGUUGUUCUCCAAGGCUUCGGACACCUCAAACUCAAUGGCAUUCCUUACAUGGUCUCAGAGGAUAAGCAUAGCAGUGGAUGUUGCCAUGGGUCUGCAAUACAUGCAUGAACACACUUUUCCAAGAAUAGUCCAUAGGGACAUCACAACAAGUAAUAUCCUUCUUGACUCUAACUUUAAGGCCAAGAUUGCAAAUUUCUCCAUGGCCAGAACUUCUACAAACCCUAUGAUGCCAAAAAUAGAUGUCUUUGCUUUUGGGGUGGUUCUGUUAGAGUUGCUUACUGGCAGGAAAGCCAUAACAACCAAAGAAAAUGGUGAGGUGGUUAUGCUGUGGAAGGAUAUUUGGAAGAUCUUUGAUGUAGAUCUAGAAGAGGAUAGAGAGGAGGGUCUCAGAAGAUGGAUGGAUCCUAAGUUAGACAGCUUUUAUCCUAUAGAACAUGCUCUCAGUUUGGCCUCUUUGGCAGUGAAUUGCACGGCAGAUAAGUCUUUGUCUAGACCAACUAUGGCAGAAAUUGUUCUUAGCCUCUCCCUUCUCACUCAUCCAUCUCCAGGGACUUUAGAGAGAUCCUUGAGUACUUCUGGGUUAGAUGUAGAAGCUACUCAAAUCGACAUUUCCAUAGCAGCUCGUUGA